AUGCGUCUCUUUGAGGAUUUCAAACGAAUAUUUUGUGCAUUUUACUCACGGAUUUUCUCUGCAUCACAGGUGUUAAAAGGUUUUCCUGAGUGCCUGCAGGCGGAUAUCUGCCUUCACCUCAACAAGAAUCUACUUACCAACUGCAAAGCGUUCCAAGGAGCCACCAAAGGCUGCCUGAGGGCCUUGGCCAUGCACUUCAAAACCACUCAUGCUCCUCCUGGAGACACUCUGGUCCACAGUGGUGAUGUGCUCACCGCUCUCUACUUUCUGUCCCGCGGCUCUAUUGAGAUCCUGAAAGAUGACAUUGUGGUAGCCAUCCUCGGAAAAAAUGACAUCUUUGGAGAAAUGAUCCAUGUGUUGGCCAAGCCUGGAAAGUCCAAUGCUGAUGUUCGAGCUCUAAGUUACUGUGACCUGAGCACCAUUCAGAGAGAAGACCUCCUGGAGGUGUUAGACAUGUACCCAGAGUUCGCUGACUGCUUCUUCAACAACCUGGAGCUUACCUUCAACCUUAGAGAUGAGUCUGCAAAGCCCUCAAGUUCCCAAGGCUGUGAUUCAGAUGGCGAUGGCACUAAGAGCAUUAAAAGAAGGAUAUCCUUCACACCAGAUCUAUCUGAAGGUGGAAACAAGGAAGUGGUUAAAGACUUGGGGAGGGAGAGGGAGUCUAACUCGUGCCUAAAAAGAUGUUCAGAAGUCCUGGGUCCCUCUCCACCCAGUGCCGCCGUCCAGGACUCAAAUCUUAUUGUCAGAGACAGCUUGGAGAGAAGACAAUCUUUAGAAGGUAAUUUAGUUUUAACUCAGGGUGCGAUUUGCCAGGGGGGAUGCAAGCCUACGGACUUCCUGGAUGAGUCAGCACAGUUCCAGGACCUGAGGGAGGAAGAUAAUUCUGCCAGCGAAAUCACGUAUGGAGAGGUGGAACAACGCUUAGGUCAGCUUCAGCAGCACUUAAACAGGCUGGAGUCUCAGCUGAUGUCAGAUAUUCACACCAUCCUGCAGCUGCUGCAAAGACAGCCGACACUGGGACCUCCAGCCUACAGCACUGUGACUGCCAGCCCAGACUAUCACAGACCUGCCAUGAAGGUUCAGCCAGUUGCUCUGACUGCAAGCCAUUUCUUCAGCCAUCCAGGAACUCAAGUCCCUAACCUCACACUGGCCAGGGCCAUUCAGGAAUCCAAAGACUCUCUGUCGAGCUUGUCCAAUAUGAAUGCACCCAUCGAGGACAGCCUUACAUCGUUGCUUGUACAAAGACAUACAGAGCCACAGCAACAGCAACAACAGCAGCAGACCGCAGGGCAUCAACAGUCUGCAUUGAUGCUUCUUCCAACUGAAACCUCUUCCACUUCCUCCUCCUCUUCCUCCCCAGCCCCUUCUGACACCAACCUCAACACUACUGGACUCCACAGACCUGUCUCAGACCCAGAGUUUCCAAGGCCAUAAACCUUCCAGCUGCACGGUGUUCUAAUAUCUGGGUUGUAAUGCUGUAAUUACUAAGUAGCAGCUUUUUUUAUCAGCAUGCUGGCACAGACAUCUGUAUUGUUAAUUUGCAAUGGCUUGAUAAUAGAAGUAAGAUGUUUAUUUCAUUAUGCAUGUGGAUGAAAUACUGUUCGCUGCAAUUAACAGUGUGUUAACAAACUGUUUCCUGAGGUUAUCAGUGUAAUAACAAUGGUAAAAUAUUAUAACAGCAGUUCUGUCAACACAGAAGCCCUCUAAUGGACACUUUUUUUACAAAUUCACUCCCAACCAAUCAGGAUGAACCUAUUCAACCACACGGAGGGUGGCCAUAUAGGAAGACAGCAUAUCCUAAUUCAUUAAAACUACAGCUUCUUAACUAAAUUCUACUUAAUCGACAGAAACGCUGAUUAAAUAAAACCGUAUGAUAGAACUUGAGUUAGCAAUACAUCACCUAACUUUUGGUUUCACCCAGGCUUUGUACUCUAAUGGGCUUUAAUGGGCUCUGUACCCCUUCUCACGACUCGGUUGCAACAACACAAUUGGUCAACCAGGGCUGGACUGAGUGGGCCACAAGGCUAGAGACAGCCAUAAUGAAAACCAC